AUGGAUUUUAAUUCACUACUACAACAAGCUCAACGUCUGACCAAUGAGACACAAACCUCAGAGGAGUUGCCUCGUGUUGAGCGCACAAUUUCGCAGGUGUUGGAAGCUACCAAAGAGCUGCAUUCGCGAGUAACCCAAACGGGGGCACAGGAUAUACAAGCUCACAUUUUGCUUGGUUCCAAGGGAAUUGAUUUGCCAAAAAUCUCCCAAAAGUUGGAAUCUUUAAAUGCCCGGAAAACGUUUGAGCCUUUGGAUCCAAUUGCUGAUACGGAUAUACAAAGUUUUUUGAAAAAUGAAAAAGAAAAUGCCAUUCUGUCGGUUAUUGAAGAGGUGCAUAAGAAUUCCUUCUUAAAUGCCCAAAAACGUAAAUGGGAACACAUAAAAUCCGAUUGGCGCCAAGAAAAAAUGAAACUAAUGAAUGCCUUGGUGGGUCCAUCACAAAAUUGGAUCGAUAUCCAAAAAUUACCCGAACAAACAAUCAUCAAUGAGACAUUUGGUACCCGUUCGUGUCUGAAUAGAAUUGAAAUGGCAUAUGCCCGUGAGGUGUAUGAUUACAAUGCCAUUGUCAUUAAGGGCGCUUUCCGUCCUAGCUUGGUCCAGAGAUUUGCCAAGGUUGCCCAGACAUUCGAUGAUCCCAAAAUCAAUGAAAUUUGGGAAAUUAUGAAGUAUAUGGUCGAUGUAACUCCGGUGUCGCGAAAUCGUGAUCCCAUGCAAAGUCGCCAACAAGUUAAUCAAUUUGUCGAUCAAGCCAAGAAAUAUUUGGAGAAUCGCUACAAACUCUAUAUGUCUACAAUAAUUAGUGGUAAUUUGCGAGAGGCUCAACGUGGUGGCGUGCCAAGCAUUUUCAAUUUGGUUUCAUCAUUUGUGAGUCUGACAUUUAAUCAGGGCAAUAGUUUUGGUCUGCAAGAUGCCACCAUAGAUGGCAAACCAUUGUGGCCCAUGGUAUAUUAUUGCCUGAGAUGUGGUGAUUUACAGUCGGCCUUGAAGUGUAUGCAGGUUGGAGGAGCUGGUCAUGAAGAUUUCAUACAAGUCUUGGAGGACAAAGUCAAUAAACCCGAACAGAAAAUAAAUUCCAAACUUGAGGGACAACUUAAACUACAUUAUUGUAAUAAAAUUAAGAAUUCCACAGAUCCCUACAAGAAGGCUGUUUAUUGUAUUAUUGCUGGUUGCGAUCCCAAUGAACAACACUUUGAAGUUGCCAAAACCACAGAUGAUUUCCUCUGGAUCCAAUUGUCCAUAUUACGUACCGACGUUAGUGACAAUUCAGAUGCUUUAACAUAUUCCGGCCUUCAAACGAUGAUAUUGGAAAAAUAUGGUGAAAAACAUUUUAAUGCUGGGGAACAACAACAUCUAUAUUUCCAAGUGUUGGCCCUUACGGGACAAUUUGAGGCUGCCAUUGAAUUUCUUUCACGCACCGAAAAAUAUCGUGUUCAUGCUGUUCACAUUGCUUUGGCACUCAAUGAAAUGUUUUUAAUUGCCGGUCCAAGAAAUGUUCAGGAGCCACUGCUAUCUGUGGACAUAGAAGAUCCCAUACCUAUGCGCCGUUUAAACAUUGCCCGUUUGGUUAUGUUGUAUGUUAAGAAAUUCGAAAUUACCGAUCCCGCCGAAGCUCUACAAUAUUUCUUCUUUUUGCGUAAUCUAAAAGAUCCAGAAGGCCGCAAUCUGUUUUUGGUUUGUGUUAGCGAUUUGGCCAUUGAGUGUCGUGAUUAUGAUUUGAUUUUUGGUAAAAUGAUGCCAACUGGUUUGCCAGCCGGUGGCCUUUUCCAACAAUUCGACUGUGUUGAAUUCGAUACUCGUGUUGCAGCCGGUAUGGUGGCCGAGGAAUUGGUGCGCAAGGGAAUGUUUGAAGAUGCCAUUAAACUGUUCGAUAUUGCAAAUAUGCAAAGUCAAUCGCUGCGUUACCUUUCAUUAAUGCUCUCACAAGUUGUACAUCAAAGCUCUAAAAAAGGUUCGCUGCGUGAACGUCUCUCAAUUAUGGCCGGCGAUUUUAGUGAACGUUUACGUGGCAGCCGCAUUGAAUGUGAACCACAAGUUAUAGCCACAUUUAAUUUGUUGACCGAGUUGGUGGCAUUCUUUGAUUAUUAUCAUGAACGUAAAUAUCAAAUCGCAUUGGAAGUUUUGGCCAAUACCAAACUGGUGCCAAUGUCUAUGAACGAUUUGGAAGAGUGUAUUAGUAAUUUUAAACGUUUGGGCGGUGAAAUAUGUAAAGUGUAUCCAGAUAUUCUAUUGGCUGCCAUGGAUAUUUUGUAUUCACAAUACAAAGCUAUCAAGGGCAAGGAUUCCGUGAUGUUGGAUACUGGCAGAGAUAGUCAAUUACAACAUCUACGACAAAAGGCGAAAGCAUUGACAAAUAUGGCAGCCACUGUUCCAUAUCGUAUGCCAGGCGAUACAAACAAAAGACUGGUACAAACUGAAAUAUUAAUGCAUUAGUUUUUAAGCCAAAAUCUUAAUAUUGUGUACAAG